AUGCUCAGCACGUGGCUUUCAAUCGCAUUGAUUUGUUUGUACGGAUGCGUGUGUCAAGCUCGCAAAGAUGACGAGAAAGAUCCGUUUACCAAUACAUCAUCACAGGAGUACAGUCCCAUCAACGAUUCCCUCCCAGUAUUUCUAUCUACGGAAAUCCCAUCAUUUGCAAAUGCCUAUGAUGGGCGGCAAGACUUGUACCUCCAAUCACCAGUGAUCCAACCACACUCGAGUAACGAGUCUCAUGCUGAUUCUGUCAUUGACGAUUGUCAUUUUAUGUCAUUUGAAGAAUGGAAGAAGCAGAAAAUUGAAACUAAUACAUCACUUUCCAACACGUCUAGAAACAAUACCGAGCCAUUAAAGCCACUGGCAAAUGUUUCUACUACAAAUGCAACUGCAUUCUCGGUUGUGGCAGUUACUGAACAAGAGGGAACUGUUUACAAGAACAAAUUCAACUUUGCGUCGGCUGAUUGUGCAGCCACCAUUGUGAAAACCAAUUCCCAAGCAAAAGGAGCACCAGCAAUCUUGAAAGAAAACAAAGACUCCUAUCUUUUAAACGAGUGCUCGGUUAAAAACAAAUUCAUCGUGGUUGAGCUAUGUCAGGAUAUUCUUGUGAGUCAAGUUGUUCUUGGAAACUAUGAGUUCUUUUCAUCAAUGUAUAAAGAUAUCCGGGUUAGUGUUAGUGACAGGUUUCCUACUCAAAAUUGGCGAGAAUUGGGACAAUUUACUGCUCAAAAUAUACGUGAUAUUCAAACAUUUAAUAUUGACAAUCCAUUGAUUUGGGCACGAUAUUUAAAGUUGGAGAUAUUGAGUCACUAUGGAAAUGAGUUUUAUUGUCCAAUAUCGGUGAUUAGAGUUCAUGGAAAGACCAUGAUUGAUGAAUUCAAAGAGGAUGAAGAGGUUUCGUCUCUUCAAAACCAGAAGGAUGCAACGAUUAAGGAGUUGGAUUCGAAAGAUAAUGAACUAGAGUCAUUGAUCAACGACACCUUCAAUGAAUGCAGUGUUGUUUUACCGCAUUUACUUUUAAACGAGUUCCUCAAGGAUUUCAAUACCACUCACAACAACCAUUGCUUACCUAGUGACGACACCAAUAGUUCGAGCCUGAUUACCUCGACAACAGCCACAAUUACAACAACACAGGAAUCAAUUUAUAAGAACAUAAUCAAAAGACUUACGUUGCUAGAAUCCAAUGCGACGUUGUCAUUACUUUACAUUGAAGAACAGCUGAAGCUUUUGAGCAUAGCCUUUCAAAAUUUGGAGAAACGCCAAACUGCCAAUUUUAAUAACUUGUUGAGAUCCGUCAAUUCCACUCUCCUAAAUCAGCUUUCCAUCUUUAAAGAGUCAUAUCAUGAAAUGUAUCUGCAAUAUAGUGAGCUUUUCCAUUUGCAGGACCACAAAUACAAGCAUUUUAUCUCCGAAUCCAAUGUGAGAAUAAAAAACAUUAGCAGUGAUUUGACAUUUCAAAAACGUUUGUCUUUCUUCAACAGUGUUAUCAUCAUUUGUCUUCUUGUUUAUGUGAUUUUGACGAGGGAGGUUAAUGUUGAGGUGCAAACUCGAAGCAGCGGGAGACGAGAUAAGCUGCUCUUUGGCACACGCCAACAGGGCAGAUCUUCUUCACUAGAUGGAAGUAGAAAAAAUCGCCUUCUGAUAUCUGAUCCCAUACUAGCUCCUACUAAAUCAAUGCACGAUGACCCCCAUCCAAAACACCGAAAAUCUACAUAA